CAGGUUCAUGGACAUCGCGGCGUCGCACUACACGCACAUUUCGGCAGCGAUCACGCACGCAGGCAUUGUGUACAUGUGGGGCCAGUGUCGCGGGCAGUCGAUCACCGAGCCAACAGAGACGUUAUUCUGUUGCCUGGACGACGUGUUUGCGUGCUACGCCAUGCCUGCCGUCACGUUCAGGGCUCUGAAGAUAGGUGAGCAACAGCGCCAAACUCCACGGCAGCUGGCGCUCUCGCUCUGGCUCAAUUCACCACUGCCACAAACAGAUUUCAAGCGAACAGAUCACAUGUCAGUCGCUCAGUCGGUGGCCAUGUUGUUUGAUGACCCGGCGACCAGUGAUGUGAAGGUUCAAUUGGAAGGGAAAAUCAUUCAUGUUCACAAGGUCAUACUGAAGAGUAGAUGUGAACAUUUUCGAUCAAUGUUUCAAUCUCACUGGGAGCAGGAUGGAAAAGACAUAAUUGAGAUAUCACAGUUCACAUAUCCAGUGUACAGGGCCUUCCUGCAGUUCUUGUACACAGACAGGAUAGACUUGUCACUGGAGCAUGCUAUAGGUUUGGCCUGGACUUAGCUAAACAUCGUACUUGGAGAGACAGUUGAA